CGAUUAAAGAGGUUGGCCGGACACCGUUCCGAUACACAACGCGUUGCUACGUAUUUAGCACAGCUAACGCUUCUGCUCCUUCGUCCUGUCUUCAUGCAGGAGAUGCUCGCGGACAGGAUUUAAACUCGCUGAGUGAAAUCACAAGUAGUUGUGAUGUCGGAGCCCAAACCCCCCACUCCUAUCAUCCCGACCCCUGGAGACAUGUACAAGGGAUGGCUCUUCAAAUGGACUAAUUACAUAAAAGGUUACCAGAGACGAUGGUUUGUUCUCAGCAACGGAUUACUGUCUUACUACAGGUGUCAGGCGGAGAUGGGUCACACCUGCAGAGGCACCAUAAACCUGGCCACCGCCAACAUCGCCGUGGAGGACUCCUGCAAUUUCGUCAUUUCCAACGGGGGAGCGCAGACGUAUCACCUGAAGGCCAGCUCCGAAGUCGAGCGCCAGCGAUGGAUCACCGCGCUGGAACUCGCUAAGGCCAAAGCCGUGCGCAUGCAGGACGAAUCUGACGACUCUGCUGAUGAGUUCUCUGCAGCGCCCCCUGCCUCCACUCAGGCCAGGGGAUCUCAUACCUCAGAAAUUCAGUCCACGCUGCGCAUUCUGGGCAGCAAGGUGGAGGACCUCACCACCUGCAACGAUCUGAUUGUUAAACAUGGCUCUGCUCUCCAAAGGUCUUUAUCAGAGCUGGAGGGGCUCCAGGUUGGAACGGACAUGGGGGAAAAGAUCCGACAGGUCACAGAAAGGGCCACGCUUUUCCGAAUCACCGCCAACGCCAUGAUCAAUGCCUGCAGGGACUUCCUGUCCAUGUCCCAGAGCCACAGUAAGCGCUGGCAGAAGGCCUUACAGACUGAGAGGGAGCAGAGGAUUCGCCUGGAGGAGACUCUGGAGCAACUAGCCAAACAGCACAACCACCUGGAGAGAGCUUUCAGAGGUGCCACCGUUCUGCCACCUUCCCUCAGCAAUCCCAACUUAAGCAUUAAAAGCGGUGUUUCAGGAAAGGGCGACGCCAGUGAUGAGGACGAUGACAAUGAGUUCUUCGAUGCAAUGGAAGACCCAACAGGAUUUAUUACUGUUCCUGCUGACCCCAAGUACCACAGGAGAUCUGGCAGCAAUAUCAGCGGGAUAAGCAAUGAGACGGGAAUGGACGACCAGUCGUAUGACGAACUGUCCUUGGCGUCCAAUUCUGAAUCUUCACCACCUCUUGAGCUGGAACCGGUCAGACAAAGACGGACUCGUAUUCCUGACAAACCCAACUAUUACCUUAAUUUGUGGAGCAUCAUGAAGAAUUGUAUCGGGAAGGAGCUCUCAAAGAUACCGAUGCCGGUGAACUUCAACGAGCCGCUGUCGAUGCUUCAGCGUCUGUCUGAAGACCUCGAGUACUACGAGCUCCUGGACAAAGCCGCAAAGUGUCAGAGCUCUUUAGAGCAGAUGUGCUACGUGGCGGCUUUCACCGUCUCGUCCUACUCCACUACGGUCCACCGCACAGGGAAGCCCUUCAACCCCUUACUGGGGGAAACCUUUGAGCUGGACCGGAUUCGAGAGUCCGGUUACCGCUCGCUCUGUGAACAGGUAAGCCACCACCCACCAGCGGCAGCCCACCACGCCUUCUCCGAGAAGGGCUGGACCCUCAGACAGGAAAUCACUCUGGCCAGCAAGUUCCGGGGAAAAUACCUUUCCAUUAUGCCUCUGGGCUCCAUCCAGUGUAUGUUUGAUAAGAGCAACAAUCACUACUCCUGGAAAAAAGUUACGACGACCGUACACAACAUAAUCGUUGGGAAACUGUGGAUUGAUCAGUCAGGAGAGAUCGAUGUGGUGAACCACAAGACGGGAGAUCGCUGCCACCUCAAGUUUGCUCCUUACAGCUACUUCUCUAGAGAUGUACCCCGGAAGGUGACGGGAGUCGUGACGGAUAAGGAUGGGAAGGCUCAUUAUGUUCUGUCAGGAACAUGGGAUGAGAAGAUGGAGUUUUCCAGGAUCAUGCAAAGCAGCAAAGGCGAGAAUGGGACUGAGGGCAAACAGAGGACUGUUUACCAAACCCUCAAACCCAAAGAAAUUUGGAGAAAGAACCCUUUACCGGAAGGAGCAGAGAACAUGUACUACUUCUCCUCUCUUGCGUUGACCCUGAAUGAACCCGAGGAGGGCGUGGCGCCGACAGACAGCCGGCGGCGUCCGGACCAGCGCCUGAUGGAAGAAGGUCGCUGGGACGAAGCGAACGCAGAGAAGCAACGGCUUGAAGAAAAGCAGCGCUCUACCCGGCGAGAACGGGAACGAGACGCAGUUAAAGUGGUUCCAACGCCUGAGGAAGCUCUUGCACAUGAGGGUGGCACCACAGGAAGUGAGGUUUCUGAUGAAAGGGUUUGCUCAGCUGAUGCAGAGGACUCUCCUCCCCUCACGCCUGUUGCAUGCGCCCAUCCAGACAAUUACCAAGCGCUGUGGUUCGAGAAGAUCCACGACUCCGUGUCUGGAGAGACGCUGCAUGUCUACAAGGGAGGCUACUGGGACGCCAAGGAGCAGGGAAGUUGGGAAAUGUGUCCCGACAUCUUCUGAUUACAGAUGCCUGUAGCCUCAGGACCAGUCUGUUGGAUCUCGCUCUCAAAGCACACUCAGUGCUUAUGGGUAUUGUAGUCAUUGUGCUGCUGGUUGUGUUGCAUCCCACUGGCCUCAUGAGUUGGAUCUAAAACCGGGGGAUGGUGUCACCCUCUAGCUCCACCUUGUUCCAGGGGAAAGAGAGAAAAGCAGUAAGUUAUGUUCUGACCACUGGAUGCUAAUUGUAACUAUUAUUACUGAUACAAGGAGAAAACACAGAAUACUGCAUUUUGUGCAUUCAGUCACUGGAACAGAACAUUCACUAAUUCCUGGACAAAUUGACAGAAGAACAAGCUAAAGUUGAUCACCUCGCUGCAAAAACACAUUUCACCAAAUCUUUCUGAUCUGGUUUCUAGUGUGAAUAUCUUAGUGCACGUUAAAUGAGAUAAAAUUUACAUAUAAGUAACUUUUCAACAAGACACAGGGCCUUGAUUUAUGUUAAUAAUUCCCUAGUAUUUAUGACAAAGUAAAGCAGAUUAUUUCACUUAUAACAUGGGAAAAAUGUCUUGUUAAAACAGAUAUAAUCUGCUAGUGAAACUAGUAUUUUUUUCAUCAAUACUAAGGAAUUAGAGUUAAAACAAGCUCAUUUUAUAUCACCGAAAAGCUACUUGUAAGUUACUUUUUUCUUAUUUUGCGUUUACUAAGAUAUUUGCAAUAGAAACUAGACCAAAACUACUUAUUAAAAUUUUGUUUUUGAACAGUCACAGUGAUCAACCGUCGGCAUUCCUCAUGCACAAAGCAGCCAUGUUGGAUUUUGAGGUUGUGGAUGGCGCAAAAAAACAACUUCUUCAUUCCUAGAACUCAAAAAAUCUGACUCAUGUCUCCAGUGAAAUGCAUCAUCAGUUUUCAGAGCACCUCUUCUCUCCAUUGCCACUCUUCUUCCAAUUUGAAAUCUUCUGAUCCAUUUAUGAUUUGAUCAUCCUCUAUGCAGUGCCUUAUAAAAGUAUUUACCCACCUUCCAUUAAACUUUUCACAUUUUGUCACAUCAUAACAGCAGUCUGUUAUGUCAAAGUUUCAUCUCAUACGUCAGCACAAUGUAGUGUGUAAUUGUGAAGUGGAAGAAGAAGGAUUAAUCAAAAUAAAACGUAAAUGAUAAACCUCUUAUUGCUACAACUCCGCAUCUUUUCUAGACUAAAUCUACAGGUUUUGUACAUCUAGUCUUCAUAAUUCUGUUCUCCUGCUGGAUUUUUGCUUCUUUUACAUUCAGGUCGACUCUUUUGACUAAUCAGAUCUGAAGGCACUUGGUGGCACCGGGUUUUAUUUGAGGGCAUUAAAUUAAAGGGGACUAAAUACAAAUCCACCCCAUCAUUUUUAACGACCUUGUAUUGUUUUCCUUCAAUGUCACAGUUAUACGCUACUUUGUAUUCAAUUCUAACAAAAGUCAAAUACUUUGAAAUUUGUGGUUGUAACAUAUUAAUACUUUUCCAAAGCGCUGUAUGUAUUUUUGUUCAUGACAGCUACUCUAUUAAAGGCAGUUCAUUGUU